GAGAGAAAAGGCCACCUACAGGUUCCACUGUUGUGAAUUUUGGAAAGGAAAGAAGGAGCCCAAGAGGACUCCCAAGAAAAGACAGACAAAACAGCUCUAUGUUUAGCAAGAAGGGAAGACAUCAGUACUAACAGGAAACUAAAACGAUAGUCUUGUGCAGAAACGGGACAGAGACUACACCCACUGCAGCAGAGAGAGACUGGUCGAAGCCCGAUGUGGCUGAGGGGCCGCCUCUGGACGCAGGGAGGCGGAGGGCCAGCGAGCCAAGCGGUGCAGACGCCGCUGCCUUACUCUUUGCCUGCCUCGCCGCGCUGCUACACACGCUCCUCAUCUGCGGAUCCUACCCUCACAGCUCUUGCAAGCACUCACGCAGCCGGUCGCCUGCAGAUCCUUCUGUGCCACAGGCUCACAACGGAGGCAGCAGCGAGGUGUCCGAUUUGGGCACGCAUGAAGACUCCCAACACACAGGAAGCCGAAGGGCAACAAACCAGGGCAGCUGCAGGACGGGCCACCGGGUCUGGAAACAUGACAAAGAAAAAAGUCUCCCAAAAGAAGCAGAGAGGCAGACCUUCAUCCCAGCCCCGCAGGAACAUCGUGGGCUGCAGAAUUUCUCACGGAUGGAAGGAAGGAGAUGAGCCCAUCACCCAGUGGAAAGGAACCGUUCUGGAUCAGGUGCCUAUAAAUCCCUCUCUUUAUCUGGUGAAAUAUGAUGGAAUUGACUGUGUCUAUGGACUGGAACUUCACAGAGAUGAAAGGGUUUUGUCUCUUAAAAUUCUUCCCGACAGGGUGGCAUCAUCUCAAGUUAGUGAUGCCAACCUUGCAAAUACCAUAAUUGGCAAAGCAGUGGAACACAUGUUUGAGGGAGAGCAUGGUUCUAAGGAUGAAUGGAGGGGGAUGGUCUUAGCACAAGCACCUAUCAUGAAAGCCUGGUUUUAUAUUACCUAUGAGAAAGAUCCUGUCUUGUACAUGUACCAGCUUCUAGAUGAUUAUAAAGAAGGUGAUCUCCGUAUUAUGCCAGAAUCCAGUGAGUCUCUUCCAACAGAGAGGGAGCCAGGAGGAGUUGUAGAUGGCUUGAUAGGUAAGCAUGUGGAAUAUACCAAAGAAGAUGGCUCCAAAAGGAUCGGCAUGGUCAUUCACCAAGUGGAAGCCAAGCCCUCUGUGUAUUUCAUCAAGUUUGAUGAUGAUUUUCAUAUCUAUGUCUAUGAUUUGGUGAAAAAGUCCUAACUGUUAGCGUAAAAUUUGCCACGUAUGUGGAAACAAAUGUAUAAUUUCUAGACAUGCAAAAAAUGUUUCUUUUCAGUGUAUUGAAAACAAGGAUCCCUCAUAACCCAAUAUCUUUGGUAGCAUUAACAGUUGUUUAGCUCUACAAAAUACAAACUUGUGUGUACAUGA